GGGGGGCGCUGUGGCCGUUCGGGAAACCGGGGCAAGAAAAAGAAGCAUAUCUUUCCUUUUCUCUAUUAUGAAUGAAUGUCUCUCCUUUGCUUUAGGUUUCCCCGCAGUCUGGUAUUUUAAUCAUUUGGUGGCCGAGCUGGACUGAGCUCGCUUCAGUUCAAGAUGUCAGCCAGCGCGGUUUACGUGUUGGAUUUGAAAGGAAAGGUGCUGGUGUGCCGGAACUACCGCGGCGAUGUGGACAUGUCAGAGAUUGAGCACUUCAUGAGCCUGCUGAUGGACAAAGAGGAGGAGGGGACGCUGUCUCCGAUCCUGGCCCACGGUGGAGUUCGCUUCAUGUGGAUCAAACACAACAACCUCUACUUGGUGGCAACAUCCAAGAAAAAUGCCAGUGUCUCCCUUGUUUUCUCCUUUUUGUACAAAAUUGUCCAGGUUUUUUCAGAGUAUUUCAAAGAGCUGGAGGAAGAGAGCAUCAGGGACAACUUUGUCAUCAUAUACGAGCUGAUGGAUGAGCUCAUGGACUUCGGGUACCCUCAGACGACGGACAGCAAAAUCCUUCAAGAGUACAUCACCCAGGAGGGUCACAAGCUCGACACCGGAGCUCCGCGUCCUCCUGCCACCGUCACCAACGCGGUGUCCUGGAGGUCAGAAGGCAUCAAGUACAGGAAGAACGAGGUCUUCCUGGACGUCAUUGAGUCAGUCAACCUCCUGGUCAGUGCCAACGGUAACGUCCUGCGCAGUGAAAUCGUCGGCUCCAUUAAGAUGCGGGUCUUCCUGUCUGGGAUGCCCGAGUUGAGACUGGGCCUGAACGACAAGGUUCUGUUUGAGAACACUGGACGAGGCAAGAGCAAGUCCGUGGAGCUGGAGGAUGUGAAGUUCCACCAGUGUGUUCGUCUGUCUCGUUUUGAGAACGACCGCACCAUCUCCUUCAUCCCUCCUGAUGGAGAGUUCGAACUCAUGUCCUAUCGACUCAACACUCACGUGAAACCGUUGAUUUGGAUCGAGUCUGUCAUUGAGAAACACUCUCAUAGUCGGAUUGAAUACAUGAUCAAGGCAAAGAGUCAGUUUAAAAGGCGUUCCACUGCCAACAACGUGGAGAUCCACAUUCCUGUGCCAACGGACGCCGACUCGCCCAAGUUCAAGACCACAGUCGGCAGCGUGAAGUGGGUGCCUGAGAACAGUGAGAUCGUCUGGUCCAUCAAGUCCUUCCCGGGCGGGAAGGAGUAUUUGAUGCGAGCCCACUUCGGCCUGCCGAGCGUAGAAGCUGAAGAUAAGGAGGGGAAGCCGCCCAUCAGUGUCAAGUUCGAGAUCCCGUACUUCACCACCUCAGGCAUUCAGGUGCGUUACCUGAAGAUCAUCGAGAAGAGCGGCUACCAGGCCCUGCCAUGGGUGCGCUACAUCACCCAGAACGGAGAUUACCAGCUGCGGACUCAGUGAGCAGCACGUCCACCGUCGGCAUGAGGAGGUUUUGUUGCUCAUGUUUCAAGUUACAUUGGCGUCUGAUGGAGGCAAAGGUCAGGCGAGAGCCCUCUCCUCCACAUAGGUCAACACAAUCACCACUCACCCCUGUUGGUUUUCUGUACAUAGCUGGAACAUGUUGACAAGCGUCAGUGUUAUUAGUUACAUCGAUGUAAAUUAAGGUCCUGUUUUUUUUUUGUACGAUGAACGAGCGACGUCCGCCAUCUUGCUGUUACACUUGCUCACGCCGUGAUUCCCAACUCCUCUUCGUCCGUCUUGAAAUCAUUAAAUGUCUAUCUAGAGAAACCGGA